CCAGCAACUCCUUGGACGAAGUCGGCCAGGAAGUCCAAAUCACCAUCUACCCUACCGAGGCCCAAAUCCGUGAUGGCAAGGACGCCUCGUUCGACUGCAGGGCCCGAACGGCUGAUAACUCUGUCUACCCGCCGGUCAGGUGGACCAAAGUUGGAGGCCCUCUUCCCCCUAACGCGCGCGAGAGCUCUGGUCGUUUGACCAUCUCACCGGUGUCGGCCUCUGACUCUGGAAGUUACGUCUGCCAAGCUGUGCAUAAUGGCCAGACCGUGGAGGCUACUGCGAAUUUGAACGUGCUUAGCUUCGGCCCCCAAGAGCUCCAGGGAAUCCUGCCCACCUCCAAGGCGUGCGGCCCUGAUGAGAGACAGUGCGGAAACAACGAAUGCGUCAAGAACGAGUACGUCUGCGAUGGCGAGCCCGACUGCCGAGACCGUAGCGACGAGCUGAACUGCCCGGCCAUGCGUCAGUGCGAGCCGAAUGAGCAUCGAUGUAACAACCAGCGUUGCGUACAGAAGAUGUGGCUCUGUGACGGAGAUGACGAUUGCGGUGAUGGGUCCGACGAGGUGAACUGUGGACAUGCCGCCCCUGGCGAUACCUGCAAGAAGACCGAGUUCAAGUGCCAUGACGGCCAACAGUGCGUCCCCUCAUCCUUCCACUGCGACGGCACUAACGACUGCCGCGACGGAUCCGACGAGAUUGGUUGCGUCCAGCCGACCGUUGUUGAACCCCCAGAGCCCCGUCUCCACGUUCAACGGGGCGCCACCUUCGAGCUGAAGUGCAAGGCCGUCGCCGUCCCCGAGCCGUACAUCAACUGGCGUCUGAACUGGGGCCCCGUUUGCGAGCCCCCACGUUGUGUCCAAACUUCCGAGGGUGGAGUUGGUGUGCUGACCGUCCAGGAUGCUCAGCCACUCGACCAGGGAGCGUACACCUGCGAGGCCAUCAACGUCAAGGGACGCGUAUUGGCCACUCCCGAUUGCAUCGUCCAAGUUGGAGAUGGAGACGUUCAGCCCCCACCGCCACCACCGCCACCACCAAGCCGCCCCGGAUUCCUCACCUACAACGAGCAGUGCCACGAGAAGUACUGGCGCCUGCCGCAGCGAUUCCUUGGAAACAAGGUCACCGCCUACGGUGGAAAGAUGGAGUUCGAGAUCGACUACCAGGGCACCGGAACGUUCACCCCCGACCCGAUGGUCGUGCUCAAGGGCAACCAGAUCAUCCUCGUGCACCGUGUUCGUGAUCAGGAGCACCGACUACAAGCUGGACGCCCGGCUAGGAUUACUAUUGAGACGUAUGAGAGCAACUGGGAGCAACUCAACGGCGCCCCGGCCACCCGUGAGGAUCUGAUGAUGGUGCUGGCUGAUUUGGACGGGUUCCUCAUCCGCGCCCACCACGUCGAGGAGCAGGACUCCACCAGCAGU